AUGGGCAAAGUAAGAGAUACUCCGAUGAUCCUCAUUGGCGUCCUCGGUCUCAUCGGUGUCGUGGCCGCAGCCGCCGGCUCGCACUGGCUGGACCCUAACCUUUCUGAUAAGUUGAAGCUCGCAUGGGACCACGCUGUCCAAUUUAACCUUAUUCACACUGCCGCGAUGAUGGCUAUCUUUGCUGCCCUCAAGAUUGCCGAGCCGGAAAGCAGCGCCGCCAGGUGGCUCAACCGCAGUUUCGUGUUAUUGUUCGCCGGAACAACGAUCUUUUGUGGUACCGUCUAUGCCAUCUGCUUGGGAGUCCCUGGCAAACAAGUGGGUCCUAUGGCUCCGGUUGGUGCUAUCACAAUGAUGUUGGGGUGGGUGUCUGUUGCAAUUGCAGGUUUCUAA